GACAUGGCGAAAGUAACUUCGAAGGAACUCGGAGAUUUUUUGAAGAAGGAGCUUAAAUGCGAAAAAUGUGAAUCUUUAGGCUUCGCUAGUGGUGGCUGUAUAAGUGAGGGACAAAGUUUUGACAUUGACAAUGGGAAGAUUUUUGUCAAAUUGAAUACCAAGUCGCAGGCGAGAGAAAUGUUCGAUGGUGAAUUCCAGAGCCUUGAAGAAAUUUAUAGGACGGAUACUUUGCGUGUACCCAAGCCAAUAAAGGUGUUACCUCAUCCAGCUGGAAGUGGCGCAGUUUUAGUCGCAGAAUAUCUUGAAAUGAAAAGCUUGAGAAAUUACCAGUCACACCUAGGGACAGACCUUGCAAGGCUUCACCUGGACAAUAUAAACAAAUUAGAAAAAGAAACAUCAGGGGAGAGUAAGAUUGGAGAGAGUCAUAAUCCAACUACAGUUAAAAAAUUUGGCUUCCCAUGCACAACUUCCUGUGGUUACAUUGGGCAAAAUAAUGAAUGGCAUGAUGAUUGGACGAGUUUUUAUACUCGAAGUCGAUUACAAUGUCAGAUGGACCUAAUAGAUAAACAGUAUGGUGACACAGAAACAAGAUCCCUUUGGACAAGACUUAAGCUUAAAAUACCCGAGUAUUUCAAUGGCAUGGACAUUAAACCAUCUCUUCUCCAUGGAGACCUCUGGAGUGGGAAUGUAGCAGAAACAGAGGAUGGUCCAGUUGCAUUUGAUCCAGCAUCUUUCUAUGGGCAUCAUGAAUUUGAUUUAGCAAUAGCAGGAAUGUUUGGUGGUUUUACUAAGGCCUUCUAUGAUGCAUAUCACAAAUUGAUACCAAAAGAAAAAGGAUUUGAGCAAAGGCACCAACUUUAUGUAUUGUUUCAUCAUUUAAACCACUGGAAUCACUUUGGGACAAGUUACAAAUCAUCAUCUUUAUCAAUUAUGCAUGGACUUCUUGGAAAAAGCUAAGAACAUAUGUACCACUUGUGCA